CCUCCUCCUCCUCCUCCUCUUUUUCUUCUCACCACAGUGUUGCAAAAGCAAAGAGCAAUAAAAAACCCGGCGGAAAGCGGCGGCGGGGCGGCGGGGCUGGCGGGGAGAUCCCGGCGGAUCCCGGCGCGCUCAGCCCGGCUGAUUGGAAGAGCGAACGCAGCGCCAUGGAGGCGGGGGAAAGCGCCGCUCCGCCGGCGGGGCUGGAGGAGGCGCUUUGUUCCUCCCCGGGCUCCCGCUGCCGCUGCCGCCGCCACCGCCGCGCUCCGGGCUCGAGCCGUGGGGGAGUGAUUUUGGGAAGAGGGUGAGGAGGGAGCCGGCGGGACCGUCCUGGGCACAGGCAGGAGGAGGAUGAACGGCGAAGCUGAGUGCCCUGCAGACCUGGAAAUGACAGCUCCCAAAAACCAAGACCGCUGGUCGCAGGAGGACAUGCUGACCCUCCUGGAGUGCAUGAAGAAUAACCUGCCCUCCAACGACGGGAGCAAGUUCAAAACCACCGAGUCCCACCUGGACUGGGAAAAAGUGGCUUUCAAGGACUUCUCAGGGGAGAUGUGCAAGAUGAAGUGGAUGGAGAUAUCUAAUGAGGUGAGGAAAUUCCGGACCCUCACAGAGCUCAUUAUGGACGCUGAAGAGCAUGUGAAGAAUCCUUACAAAGGCAAAAAGCUCAAGAAACACCCCGACUUCCCCAAGAAGCCCCUGACUCCCUAUUUCCGCUUCUUCAUGGAGAAGCGAGCCAAAUACGCCAAGCUUCACCCCGAAAUGAGCAACCUGGAUCUCACCAAGAUCCUGUCCAAAAAAUACAAGGAGCUUCCCGAGAAGAAAAAGAUGAAAUAUAUCCAGGACUUCCAGCGAGAGAAGCAGGAGUUUGAGAGGAACUUGGCGAGGUUCAGGGAAGACCACCCGGAUCUCAUCCAGAACGCCAAGAAAUCCGACGUCCCCGAAAAGCCCAAGACCCCCCAGCAGCUGUGGUACAACCACGAGAAGAAGAUCUACUUGAAAGUGCGUCCAGAUGUGAGUACGGCCACCACGAAGGAGGUGAAAGAGUCGCUGGGCAAGCAGUGGUCUCAACUCUCGGAUAAAAAGAGGCUGAAAUGGAUUCAUAAGGCCCUGGAACAGCGGAAGGAGUACGAGGAGAUCAUGCGGGAUUACAUCCAGAAGCACCCGGAGCUGAACAUCAGUGAGGAGGGAAUCACCCGCUCCACCCUCACCAAGGCCGAGAGGCAGCUCAAGGACAAGUUCGACGGACGACCCACCAAGCCCCCCCCGAAUAGCUACUCCCUGUACUGUGCAGAGCUGAUGGCCAACAUGAAAGACGUGCCCAGCACGGAGCGGAUGGUGUUGUGCAGCCAGCAGUGGAAGCUGCUCUCCCAGAAGGAAAAGGACGCCUACCACAAAAAGUGUGACCAGAAAAAGAAAGAUUACGAGAUCGAGCUGCUCCGCUUCCUAGAGAGCCUGCCCGAGGAGGAGCAGCAGCGAGUGCUGGGCGAGGAGAAGAUGCUGGGCAGCAACCGGAAAGGGGCGACGAGUCCUGCAUCCAAAAAAUCCUCACCAGAGACCGGCAAGGCCAGCUCAGAGAAGCCCAAGCGGCCCAUCUCAGCCAUGUUCAUCUUCUCGGAGGAGAAGCGGAAGCAGCUGCAGGAGGAGCGGCCGGAGCUGUCGGAGAGCGAGCUCACCCGGCUGCUGGCCCGCAUGUGGAACGACCUCUCCGAGAAGAAGAAGGCCAAGUACAAGGCGCGGGAGGCGGCGAUGAAAGCGCAGUCGGAGAAGAAGCACGGCUCAGAUAAGGAGGAGCGUGGGAAGCUGCCCGAGUCUCCCAAAACUGCUGAGGAGAUCUGGCAACAGAGCGUCAUCGGGGACUACCUGGCUCGUUUCAAGAACGACCGGGGCAAAGCGCUGAAGGCCAUGGAGGCCACUUGGAACAACAUGGAGAAGAAAGAGAAGCUGAUGUGGAUCAAGAAGGCAGCGGAGGAUCAGAAGCGAUACGAGAGGGAGCUGAGCGAGAUGCGGGCCCCUCCGUGCUCCACCAACUCCACCAAGAAAAUGAAAUUCCAGGGAGAGCCGAAGAAACCCCCAAUGAACGGUUACCAGAAGUUCUCCCAGGAGCUCCUGUCCAACGGGGAGCUGAACCACCUCCCGCUGAAGGAGCGCAUGGUGGAGAUCGGCAGCCGCUGGCAGCGCAUCUCCCAGGGCCAGAAGGACCACUACAAAAAACUGGCAGAGGAGCAGCAGAAACAGUACAAGGUGCACCUCGACAUCUGGCUCAAGAGCCUCUCGCCGCAGGAGCGGGCUGCCUACAAGGAACACAUUUCCAACAAACGCAAGAGCAUAGGGAAGAUCCGGGGUCCCAACCCCAAGAUGAAGCCAACGAUGCAGUCCAAGUCGGAGUCAGAGGACGAUGACGAGGAGGAAGAGGAGGAGGAGGAUGACGAUGAAGAUGAGGAUGACGACGACGACAACGGCGACUCGUCGGAGGAAGGCGGGGACUCCUCGGAGUCCAGCAGCGAGGAGGAGAGCGAGGACGGGGACGAGUGUGAAUGCCGAGUAAGUCACCAGAGUCAAAGCUUUACACCGGUGCAACUGAAAUCAGACUAUGCUGGAUGGCGCUGGGGGCAGAAACCGUGUCCGUGCCUUGUGCUCGCCACCGGACAGAACGACGAGGACGAUGAGGAUGAGGAUGAUGAGGACGAGGAUGACAACGACUCAGAGGGCAGCAGCAGUUCCUCCUCCUCCUCGGGGGACUCCUCCGACUCCGACUCCAACUGAUCGGCCAAGCUCUUUGUAACGUCGUUUGGUUUCUCGGUUUCAGUCCCAAAUCCCCCCUGCAGCCCCUCAAAAUCCUUCCUCCUCUUCCUCCUGCCCCCCCGUGGGACCCCCCCAGCACGGGGAGCGGGGGCCAGGGGGACCCCUCACACUACGGAGGGGGAUCAGGGGCUGCUCCCCCAGGCUGGGGGGCGAGGAGAGAGCCCCCCACCCCUGCCCCCUGCUUUACUCCCGAGGGGAAGCGAUUUUUUUUUUUGGAAUUUCAUUCUUUCCAGGGGGGUGUCUCUCCAUCCUUACCCCCACAACCCCCUCGCUACCAGCUCUGGACUUUCUAGAAAGAGAAGAAAAACACACAGGAAAAACAAACCAACCAACAACACCCCCCCACACCUUUUUUUUUUUAAUUAAAAAAAAAACCCCAGAAAUGGGGGAAGAAAAUCCCCGCGGGCGCGGAGCACGAGCCGAGGGGCUCAGGACUCAGCCGAUGGGACAAUGCCUCCUCACCACCCUCCCUGCGCACCCCCAGCACCCUGGGGGUCCUCCCCACCCCCCAAAAAACCACAAAAAAACCCUUGUACAGUCUGGAAGCUGCCCCGGGAGCUGCCCGGGAACUCCACAUCCACGGCACUUGGGGACGCCAGCCGGCCAGGGACGGUGACCCGCGUGUCCCCGGGGGGGUGGGAGGGGAGUGGCUGUGAGUGUGAGUGUGAGUGUGUCUGGGGGGGGCACCGGGGCCGCCCCCACCCGGGGCCGGCGGCUCAGCGUGACCAAGGGGGGGGCGCGGGGUCCCCCCGCUCUGUUGUCGGUGGUUGUUGUGCCGUUGUAUUUUAUUUUAUUUUUGUUUUUUUUUUUUUCCUUUUUAUAAAACGAGAAAGAUCCAUCUUUUAUUUUUCAUUUCCCCCCUCCCCUUUUUUCCUUGCCCUCCUCCCCUAACCCCCCCAAUUUUCCUCUCUCUGGUGAAGCUGCUCCUCUCCCUUCCUUCCAAAUCCUGGGGGGGGGGCACAACCAGAGCCCCCCUUGCCCCAGUGAACCCCAGUUAACACCAGUCCGUGUCCCCCCCAGGGGGGGCUCGCCCCCUCUCCGGGCCACGCUGUACAUUUUGGUGUGGUUUGGGUUUAUUUUGGGGGGGUCAAUGCCCCCUUUCCCGGGAGGGGACGGGGCCGCGGGGAGCGGGGUGGGUGCAUGGGGGGGCCUGGCAGGGCCCCCCCCUUUUUUUUAAGCAAGACACGAGCACCAGCAAUCCCACGGCACCUCCCCGCAGGGUUCUGUCCCCACCCCCCAAAAACCCACCCGGUGUCACUGGGGACCCCCACUCUAAUUUUUGGGGGGGCCCCCAUCCUGUCCCUGGAGAGGAGCUGGGCUGGGGGACAGGAUUUGGGGAUCCCCAGGCAAGGGGAUGGGGGGCCUGGGGGGGCUUUCUCUCAUUUUUCUCCUCAUGGUGGGGCAGCGGGGGGGGGCCAUGCUGCAGAUUUUGAGGGGUCCCUACCCCCCCAGCUCUGUAACCCCCCCAGGUUUGCUGCUCUCAGCACCCCAAAUCCACCCCCACAAAGACCCCGGGGACCCCCUCGGUGCUGAGGGGAGCACCCCCAGUCCUGGCCUCACUUUGGGCUGAAAAAACACCAUUUUGGGCAAAGCGCCCCCAAAGGUGGGGGCCAGGGGGUGCAGCCGGGUGCCCCCACACCGACAAUCCCCCCGAGUCCCCCCGGGACCGGGGCCCCAAAAGAACCCAGAUGGUGUCCCCCAUCCCCCCCACUGUCCAUCUGUCCGUCCCUCUGUUCCCCCUCCCACUCACCCCAAUCCAUUUGGGAUUUUCCUUUCAUUUUCAUCCCAAUUUUUAAUCGCCGCCCCUCCCAAAAUCCCCUAAGGGGAACCCCCCCCCCCAAUCCCUUUUUUUCUGCUGAAUGUACCCAGCACUGUCGUGUUUUAGUGGAUGUGUUUUU